AUGGACAUUACAGUGAACGGAUCUUCGGCGCCACAGGGCCCUGGCAAUGGCAUCACAACCGCGCCUCCAAUCACGCCUCGAGUGUUUUCGACAAGCCAACCCCCUUCACUGGACGAGUUCAGAGUCUUGACUACCGAAUCUGUCCCAAUUCACUAUCCACUUGCCAAAGGCAUGGUCAAGAACGUCCCUAUUUACUACCUAUCAACAUUCACGUCGUACAGCGCAGAUCAACUCUCAGCGCUUCAGGACGAGUGGUACCACAUUCUACUGCAUGGUCCGGGUGUCUUUGCCACCAAGCAUAUGUACACCGAUCUCGGCAUGAUCGACAGAGUAAACGAUGUGUACUCCACAAUCAUUCAGAAAGAGGAGCAGAUGUCGAGCAAGAAAGGCGACCACUUCGCUACCUCCGGCUCGAAUUCUCGCAUCUGGAACUCCUUCUCCAAACACUGUCUCGUAGAUCCGGAUUCAUUCUUUGAAUAUUACUCCAAUCCGUGGCUACCGCUCAUAUCCUCGGCAUGGCUUGGUCCGCAUCACCGUCUGACUGCGCAGGUCAACAUUGUGCGACCAGGUGGCGCAGCACAGAUCAGCCACCGCGAUUAUCACAUCGGAUUUCAGGGUGCAGACUCCUGCGAGAAGUUCCCUAAAGCUGUGCAGAUUGCAAGCCAGUUUCUCACCCUUCAGGGCGCGGUCGCUCAUAGCGAUAUGCCGCCCGAGUCAGGCCCGACGAGGCUGCUGCCAUUCAGUCAGAACUUCGAAGAGGGUUACGUGGCGUAUCGACUGAAGGACUUUCAGAACUACUUCCUGGAGAAAUACGUCAGUGUACCUCUAGAGAAAGGUGAUGGGUUGUUCUUCAACCCAGCUCUCUUUCAUGCUGCGGGCUCAAACACAUCAACCGACGUGCAGCGCUCAGCCAACCUACUGCAGAUAUCGAGUGCAUUUGGCAAGCCAAUGGAGAUGAUCGACAGCUUACCGCUGGUGGAGCGCACGUGGAACACACUGGCGGAGGUAUACAAGAGAAACGGUCUGAGUGAGGAAGUCAAGGCUUUUGUCAGCAAUGUUGCGGAGGGAUAUCCCUUUCCUACCAACCUGGAUAGAAGAGUACCAGAAACGGCAGGCAUGGCACCGGCUAGUGAGCAGGAUUUGCUCAAGAAGGCACUGAAGGAAGGUUGGGGCAAGGGAAAGGUGUUGGCCGAGCUGAAGCACAUGAAAGAUGAUUCGAAAGCUUGA